CGCGCGAGCUUGGCGGCUUUGCAUGCAUUGCGAAACGCACGGGCGAACGCGUAGCGAGUCCCGCCAGCCCGACGGAGGAGGGAAAUUUCAUUGAAGUGAGGGGCGAUGACGUCGGCAGCCAGCACACCAGGCCGCCGACCGAGUGCCGAGGACAGGCCGCUACUGGAGGGCUUGUACGGCUUCCAAGGGGAGCCGCACCUCGUCUCACUUACCAAGGACGAGGUGCGGCUCACCCUUGCUACGGUCUCAUCUGUGUGUGUGUGUGUGUAUGGUCGUUCAGCUCGUCCUCUCGCUACCGGGAGCAAGCAAGAUUUCUCCCAACACCCCUGCCCGCGACGAUGCAUCGUGAGCACCACAGCGAGGGCACUGCCAGGACCAAGGCUCGGAUUGCGUCAGACUAUCCUUGGAUCGACUUCAUUCAGGUCACCUGUUUCAGCCGGAGAAGGGGCAACAGUGGUGCGGCGCGUGGCGACGUCGACGUUCCUGCGAGCAUUUGUCCGCACGCCAGCCCUCGCCGGGACCGUCCCGCCGUCCAUCGAGUUUCAAACAAACGCAGGCGAGACGUAAGUGCAUGCAGCGCCGUGUGCAUGAUCAUGAUGAGCGUCUGUACACAACACUUGGGCGACCGAAGGUCUGGUCUGUGUGUGUCGCUUGCCUGGCAUUGCCUGCAGCAUUGUGCUUCGGAUGACUUACCUACUCGAAGGUGGCAAUAUUGAUCCGGUUGAGAUGCGAAUCGCGGUUGUCACAGCCAAGAAAGCCAUACGCGCGCUCGGUCACGUCACCGUAAGAAAGCUUAGGAGCAUCGUCAACGCAACGGCACACACACGCCCCAGGCAGAGAGUCCAUGCACCUGCCCUGUUGUUUUGUUGCCUGUCUGUCCAUCGAUCCUGCAGCUGAGCGAGCUGAGGACAGACGCCCCCGAAGCUGAGAUGAAGACCCUUGUGGCGACCCCCCUCUCCCCCAAGACACCAGCAAGCGAAAUGAUCGUCGGCAGGGUCAAGACCAAGACGACACUCUUUCGGAUUCAGAAGGAGAGCCAGCCGACAUUAGCGUCGCCGACGAAAGCCAAGUCGGCGCCGGCCAGCCCUCGCCCGGGACCAUUAGAGGCGGUGACUCAUCUGGCGGAGUGCUGGGGCACGGUGGUCGACGGGCCUGUGGACAGACUGGAGGGCAAGGGGGAUCCGCAGCUGGGGGGGCUGCUGUGUCUCACGCUGCAGCAGGACAGGCUCCAGGUAGGUACGUGUCAUUUACUAUGCGAGCAAGCAGAGGAAACCGAGGGCAGCAUUUCGCAGGACCUUCAUUGUGUUGUCUGUCUGUCUGCCGUGUCUAUCAUCAUUUGUAUUAGCUUCAUACUGAUUCGCCAUCCAUGUCAGCAUCUGGCGAGCGCAGCGGCCCUCGCUGUGUCACUUCCGUACUAAAGCAGCCGGGAGAAUCGUCCCUCCUAAGCAACGAGUAACCUUUGCCAUCCCUGGAGGUGUGGAGGCUCAGGAAGUUGUUGAACAACAGGACCAAGACGCCGAGAAAGGGGCCCGAUUAAGGCCGCUGGCCCCUCCGCCCGAGCUGUUAUGGGAGGAGCCAUGUGUCAACAUAUUGGCGAUACAGCUGAAGAGGACCCUGAGGGACGAGACAUUCCCUACCAUGACGUUCCUCUGUGCAGACGGGGUAGGGUACGGGCAUUGCAUGCGAGAAACACGCUGCAUGUACCUCAUUCGUGUGUGCGUGUGUGUGUGUGUGUGUGUUGUCAGGUUGCUGUUGCGCUCAAGUUUGAGGUGCACAAGGCGCCUGAGACUCGGCGGUCGACCACCACUCCAAGCAGCGACUUCACAACCGUCCUGGGCAAGUGGAAGACGGGGCUGAAGAGGUGCAACAUCCAAGUAGAUGAGCAGCGCGAGAUGCGACACACACCGGGGCUCACAGCUUUCCGCCCCGAGGCACCGCUGUCACCCCCCCGCUCCACAGAGUCACUGACGCCUUUGCUCUCGCCGACCUCUCCAGUGAGUCAGUCACCAUCCGCGUCUUCUCCCGCAGUCGCCUCAUCUCCCGAACUUCAAGCUCUGGUGCCUUCCCCGAAGGCCAAGCGCAAGGCUAAGAAGAAGAAAAGGCCGCCGCCCCCGAAAGCUGCGGGAAAAACCGUCACGCAGCAGGUUAAGACUGUCCCACCCAAGGCAGUGGAAGAGGUGUCUCUGGGUGAGCCGGAGCCAUUGCCGAAGAAGAAGGAGAGGGUUUCGGUGGGAUCUGAGAGGGCCCUCACUGGCCAACACGACAAACAGGAUUCGGUAGAGACGGCAAACACGACGCCGAAAGGAGAAGACAGGAAGGGAAGGAGCUGGAGCUGCUGCCUGAAGGGGUGCCUUCUCUGUCUUCCCUCUUUGAGGCUCUUUCCGACAAGAUAAACGCACGUCGGAAGGUUGCGUUGCCCCGCCCGCCGCCCACCUCUGGUACUUUGUUUCUUGACUGCUUGCGCCUACCGAACGACAGCUUUUUGCUUUCUUUCUCCUUUUGAGGAGGAGAGAAUGGUAUGGGUACACUCACUGUCCUUAUAUGCAGCUCUGGCUGCAAGUGUCGGUCGCUUCAUGGCCCGACUGUGUCUCUCACACACAAGUGUAUGUCUUGCCUUCGUAGAAUUGAGCGACUGCGUUGCGACUGUGGGUGGGUGGGUGGCCUGGUCUGGUGUUGGCCUGCGUGCGUUGGUCUUCGCGUAUUAGUAGUACGCGGGGCGGGCGGUAUGUGUAUGUGCGAUUGGAGGGAGGGACAAUGCAUUCAAUGCAUGAUCCGAUAGAUAAUCG